GGCACUUUGAAGCUUAGGGGAUCGCAGCUGUAUCUGAAGAUCUGCACAUCUCAAAUCCAACGACUCGAAGGAUUUGGGAUAAGUGGGCCCCCAUGUUAUCAUGUUAUUUUUCUUACAUGGAUGGUAGUUGUAUGUACGUGGAGUUUUUCUGUACCUUAUGGUGUAUAUGCCUCCAGGCUUCGGUUAGGAGUUGUUGAUAGAGAGUGAAAGAAGUAACCAUGGCUCUUGCAGUGGGAAGAGGAUUUCUUGUCCGGCCGUGCUCUUCUUCAGUCUUCAUUUCUAAGAAUAUUUAUAAGCCCUGGCCUGCUAGACCAGGUCCAGUAAUAACUCGACGUUUCACCCGAACGGCGGUUCGGGCUCAGCUGCGCCGCCCUACAUGGCUACCUGGGCUUGACCCUCCACCCUACCUCGAUGGAAGUCUGCCUGGAGAUUUUGGGUUUGACCCACUUGGGCUUGGAGAGGAUCCGGGAAGCUUGAAAUGGUAUGUGCAGGCAGAGCUGGUUCAUGCUCGCUUUGCUAUGCUUGGAGUCGCUGGAAUUCUUCUAACUGAUUUACUCCGAGUGACUGGAAUCAUCAACAUACCAAUUUGGUAUGAAGCAGGUGCAGUAAAAUACAAGUUUGCCAACACAGAGACUCUAUUCAUUGUCCAACUGAUCUUGAUGGGGUUUGUUGAAACCAAGAGGUACAUGGAUUUUGUUAGUCCCGGAUCUCAAGCUCAGGCAGAUUUCUUUGGGGUGGAAGCCUCACUAGAAGGUUUAGAACCGGGAUAUCCUGGCGGUCCGUUGCUGAAUCCUCUUGGCCUGGCUAAAGAUAUAAAAAACGCCCACGAAUGGAAACUAAAAGAGAUUAAGAAUGGACGUCUUGCAAUGGUAGCCAUGCUCGGCAUCUUUGUGCAAGCUUAUGUGACGCAUGUUGGACCAAUUGAUAACCUUGUGGAGCACCUCUCAAAUCCAUGGCACAAAACUAUUGUUCAGACCCUGGCUAACUCUGGAUCUUAAAUAUAUAUAUUAUGUUAUAACAACACCUUAAUUCAUUUGUUCAGUUUUAGGGUAAGUGAAGGUUCUUGCUCAAUAUAUAUUUGGGCAGGUGGUUCCACGUAUCAGUUUUUAAUACUAUCAGCCCGUUUUACAGUUGA